CUGGAAAUACCAAAGCCAAACCUCGCAGUUUCCCCUUUCCAGACCAAACCCUAGCUCCGGCUCCGGCGACGGAAAUGCAGCGCGGGCGCGGGCGCGGGCGCCACGCGAAGGCCCCCUCCUCCUCGGCGGCCGUCGACCGCACGCCGAUGACGGACCAGCCGCUCCACCCGCGGAACCUCGAGCACGCCUUCUCCCGCGGCGACCCCGGCGCCUUCAGCGCCUGCUCCUCCAUUGCCACGGCGCCCUCCCACGCCGCCACCACCACCGGCCUCUCCGACCGCGCCUCCCAGGCCGCCCUCCUCCGCGCCGUCAACGCCUACCUCGCCCCCGCCGCCCUCCACCUCCGCCCGCCCCUCCCGCCCGCCAAGGACAUCGUCGCCGCCUUCCACCACCUCGCCGCCCGCCUCCGCUGCCCCCUCAAGCCCGCCGCCUGGGAGGACGACCUCCUCGCCCUCCUCCGCGCCCUCGCCUGCCCCUACAAGGUCACCAGAUCCGCCCUCAAGGCCCCCGGCACCCCGCACUCCUGGCCGCCGCUCCUCUCUAUCCUCUACUGGCUCACACUUCUCUGCCGCUUCACCGACGGCCUCCACGCCUCCCCUCCCGCCCCAGCCUCCGCCUCCAAUGAAUUCAUGACCUACCUCACCCAGGGCUACUGCAUGUACCUCAACUGCCAGGAUGACGCCCUCGCCUCCCUCGACGAUGACUACCACUCCAAGGCCCGCGCCCAAGUCGCUGCGUCGGCGGUGGCAAUUCAGGAUCUAGAGAAGGAGGUUCAGGAGUGCGAGGCCAAGCGGAGGAAGCAAAUGUCGGCGCCCUCUCGCCUCAAGGCGCUGCAGGAGAAGAAGGAUGCAUUUACUGCCGACGUUCAGAAGUUCAAGGCGGUGGUCAAGACCUGGUCCACCAAGAUCAAGGACAAGGAAGAUGCAUUGGUGGAAAAGGAGAAGGAGCUCAAGGCCAAGGUGAUGAAUAGCCAGCAGAUGAUGGCCGAGAAUGAGGAGCUGGUGAAACAGGUGGACUCGCAAGUAGUGAGUGUCAGGGACGUUGAUAGGAUGACUAGGGAGUUGCAAGCAGUGGAGCAUGAUAUUGCCAAGUUGGAGAAGGCAAAUGCCGUGCUGGAGGAGAGGGGGUGGGAACUCGAAGCUGCGCUGGUCAGUAAGCUUGAGGAGAUCGAGGGCCUUGCCGAGCUGUGCAACCAGUCCCUCAGGAAGUUGAAACCCAAUAUUGAUUUCCAGUACGAGGUAAAUGCAAAAGGAUCCUCCCCGGCUGAGAUCCUUGGUACCACCUACAAAACCAACCUGAAGCCUGCGCUCAAGGCUCUUGCUAAUGAGACUAAAAGGCUAAUUAAGUCAAAGCAUGAUGAGUCAAUUGAUCUACAAAAGCAGUUGCAAGGAAUUGUUAAAAUACUGGAGGAGAAAAGGAGUCAUGUUUCUGCUCUACAGGCUAAAGAUAAUGAGAUGACUGCUCAGAUGGAUUCACUGGAUCGUGAAAUCCAAAGCCAUGUCUCACGCUGCGCAGCCGAUGCUAGAAAAUGGAAAGAAGAGCUAGAGAAAAAGGAACAUCACAUGAGCACCGCGGAGAAGGAAGCAGAGGAGGUUUUGAAGAACUCGGAAGAGGAUCUCCAGGCCACGCUGAGGGAGACCGACAAAGAAACCCAGGCGUGCGCGAGGGAGCUGCUCCAGCUCAUAGAUUCAAUCACGAAGUUCAAGGAGUUAGUGGUGCAGACGAGUGACGAGAUGAAUAAAGACCUGUACGAAUGCGCGGAGGGCAUGGCGGCGUCGUGGUCUUAGGGCUGGCUCCACGUAGGAAAAUGAUUUGUCAAAGUUUGACUUUAACUUGUCAAAAAGUCUGUAUCGGUACAUUAUGGAACCGAGGGGAGUAUAUAUGAUGCGUUUAGGGAUUGGUGAAA